AUGCGCACGCAUGUAACCUCUAAGAAGUAUCAAAGGCAAUACUGGUACCGCACGGAUAUUCCUUACAGUUAUGUUUCAGUGGAUGAGUUCUCUCAAAUUUUCAAAACAAGCUACUGGGGAAGAAUGUUAGUUGAUGAGCUCUCACAACCAUAUGAUAAAUCUCAAUCCCAUGAAAGUUCUUUAUCAUAUAGCAAGUACUCCUUAGGAAAAUGGGAUUUGUUUGAAGCUUGUAUGAAGAGGGAGAUUCUUCUCAUGAAACGAAACUCGUUUAUCUAUAUAUUCAAAACUGUGCAGCUUACAAUCACUGCAAUCAUAACAAUGACGGUCUUUUUGCGCACACAACUUGACGUGGACUUGUUAGGAUCAAACUAUUUAUUAGGUUCACUGUACUAUACACUUGUACGCCUAAUGACAAAUGGAGUUGCCGAGUUGAUAAUGACUAUUACUAGACUACCCGUUGUUUAUAAGCAGAAAGCAUUCUAUCUCUAUCCAACUUGGGCUUACUGUCUUCCAGCUGCCAUACUAAAGAUUCCAUUUUCAGUCCUUGAUUCUCUUGUUUGGACAUCAAUAACAUAUUAUGUUAUAGGCUACAGCCCAGAACUAACAAGUUCUGUAACUCGUGUAUAUUUCCUUUUGCUUAUCGCUCUGCACAUGUCAUCAACCUCUAUGUGUCGUUCCCUUGCUGCAGUUUUUAAAACUGAUGUUGCAGCUACAACUGAUGGUUCUUUGGUCUUAGUACUCAUGUUCUUGUUUGGAGGCUUUAUUCUUCCUCGACCAUCAUUACCAAAGUGGUUUAGGUGGGCUUUUUGGCUUUCUCCCAUGUCAUAUGGGGAAAUAGGAAUAACACUCAAUGAAUUUCUUGCUCCUCGCUGGCAAAAGAUUCAAGAGGGAAACAUCACCGUUGGAAGAGAGGUUCUCAAGAGUCGUGGUUUAGACUUUGAUAGCAACUUUUUCUAG